AUGAGAAAGAUAUUAUCCUCAGCAAUUGCAAUAAGUCUUAGACGUACUCCAUUAGUAGUUCCAAAACGUACAUAACGUUUAGCAGCUACUUUAAUAUCUCUUCCACUAAUAAGAUAUGGCUUUUAAGUAUGAGAUCCAAUAUAGAUUAGACACUAAAUCUUAAUGAUGCCUAUGAAGUUUCAAUAGAAGAUAAUCUAACCGAAGGAGAAAUGAGAGAAGUAUAAGUUGGUCCAAAAAAAGAAGAUGCUGUUUUAGUAUGCAAAGUUGAUGGACAGAUCUAUUGUGUUUCUAAUUCAUGUCCACAUGUAGGAGCUCCACUUUCUGCAGGAUUCUUAGUUGGUGAUAAAGUCAAAUGUCCAUUUCAUAAUGCCAGUUUUUCAGUUAAAGAUGGUGCUCAUGAAGAAGGACCAAUGUUUAGAGGAUUAUAAACAUUCCCUGUCAAAUAAGAAAAUGGAUAAUUAGUUAUAAGAGUAGAAAAAUCAUUAUUAAAUGCUCCAAGAACAUUAAAUAUGGUAACAAAAGGUGAUGAUCCAACACAUGUAGUGAUUGUUGGUGGAGGGUAUAAUUAUUGAUUAAAUUUAUAAGAGUAUCUGGUUAGAGUGCAGCUGAGACACUUCGUUAGGCUGGAUUUAGAGGAAGAAUUACUAUUAUUACAGCUGAGGAUUCAUUACCUUAUGAUAGAACUCCUAUGAGCAAGAUGACAUUUAUGGUUAAAUAAUAGGGUUUGUAAAUUAGACCCUAAUCAUUUUAUGAAUAGUAUGGAAUAGAUGUAAAGACUAAUACUACAGUUGACUCAAUUGAUAUUAAUAAUUAAGAUGUUGUUGUUGGAUAAGAGAAAAUUCAUUAUGAUAAAUUAUUAUUGGCAACAGGUGGUACUGCUCGUAGACCUCAAUUAGAUGGAGUCAAUUUAGGAAAUGCACACACUUUAAGAUAAUUCAAUGAUUUAUAAUCAAUAAGAGAUAAAGCAAAAACAGCAAAAAAUAUAGUAGUUGUAGGUGUUUCAUUUAUUGGAAUGGAGACAGCUUCAGCUAUUAAAAAAGAAUUAAAAGAUUAAAUCAAUAUAAUAGUUGUAGAAAGUACAUCAGUUCCAUUUGAGAGAGUUCUUGGUAAAGAAGUAGGAGGAUCUUUAUAAAAAUUACAUGAAGCUAAUGGAGUUGAAUUUGAAUUGAAUGCUGGAGUCAAAAGAAUUGGUGGAGUUGGUAAGUAUAAAGAGUUGAUUUAUUAAAUGGAAAAUCAUUAUAAGCAGAUUUAGUUAUUUUAGGAACAGGAAUUCAACCAAAUAAUAAGCUUGCUAAAGAUUAAUUAAAAACAUCUCCAAAUGGUGGUAUUGAAACAGAUGUGUUCUUAAAGGCUGCCAAGAAUGUUUAUGCAUCCGAUGAUAUUUCAAGUUAUCCUAUUGGGUUACUGGUGAACAUGUUAGAAUUGAACAUUAAAAUGAAGCUGUUAGAUAAGGGUAAGAUAUUUAAUUAAUUUUAGAUAUGUUGCUGCUUUGAAUAUUUUAGGUAGACCAACUCCUUUGACAGAUGUACCAUUCUUUUGGACUAGAUAAUGGGAUAGAACCUUAGCAUAUAGUGGAGUUGGAUAAGGAUUUGAUGAAGUUAUUGUGGAUGGAGACUUAAGUCAAUAAAAAUUNAAAUCAUUAUUAAAUGCUCCAAGAACAUUAAAUAUGGUAACAAAAGGUGAUGAUCCAACACAUGUAGUGAUUGUUGGUGGAGGGUAUAAUUAUUGAUUAAAUUUAUAAGAGUAUCUGGUUAGAGUGCAGCUGAGACACUUCGUUAGGCUGGAUUUAGAGGAAGAAUUACUAUUAUUACAGCUGAGGAUUCAUUACCUUAUGAUAGAACUCCUAUGAGCAAGAUGACAUUUAUGGUUAAAUAAUAGGGUUUGUAAAUUAGACCCUAAUCAUUUUAUGAAUAGUAUGGAAUAGAUGUAAAGACUAAUACUACAGUUGACUCAAUUGAUAUUAAUAAUUAAGAUGUUGUUGUUGGAUAAGAGAAAAUUCAUUAUGAUAAAUUAUUAUUGGCAACAGGUGGUACUGCUCGUAGACCUCAAUUAGAUGGAGUUAAUUUAGGAAAUGUACACACUUUAAGAUAAUUCAAUGAUUUAUAAUCAAUAAGAGAUAAAGCAAAGACAGCAAAAAAUAUAGUAGUUGUAGGUGCUUCAUUUAUUGGAAUGGAGACAGCUUCAGCUAUUAAAAAAGAAUUAAAAGAUUAAGUCAAUAUAAUAGUUGUAGAUAGUACAUCUGUUCCAUUUGAGAGAGUUCUUGGUAAAGAAGUAGGAGGAUCUUUAUAAAAAUUACAUGAAGCUAAUGGAGUUGAAUUUGAAUUGAAUGCUGGAGUCAAAAGAAUUGGUGGAGUUGGUUAAGUAUAAAGAGUUGAUUUAUUAAAUGGAAAAUCAUUAUAAGCAGAUUUAGUUAUUUUAGGAACAGGAAUUCAACCAAAUAAUAAACUUGCUAAAGAUUAAUUAAAAAUAUCUUCAAAUGGAGGUAUUGAAACAGAUGUGUUCUUAAAGGCUGCCAAGAAUGUUUAUGCAUCAGGUGAUAUUUCAAGUUAUCCAUAUUGGGUUACUGGUGAACAUGUUAGAAUUGAACAUUAAAAUGAAGCUGUUAGAUAAGGGUAAGAUAUUUAAUUAAUUUUAGAUAUGUUGCUGCUUUGAAUAUUUUAGGUAGACCAACUCCUUUGACAGAUGUACCAUUCUUUUGGACAAGAUAAUGGGAUAGAACCUUAGCAUAUAGUGGAGUUGGAUAAGGAUUUGAUGAAGUUAUUGUGGAUGGAGACUUAAGUCAAUAAAAAUUUGUUGCUUAUUAUGCUAGAAAAGGACGUGUUGUAGCUUCUGCUAGUAUGAAUACUCCUAAUGUAUGAUAUUUUUAUUUAUUUUUAAGGCUUAAAUGAUUAUAUCUGAAGCAUUAAGAUUGAAUGUUAUGCCAAGUGCUGAGGAUUUAAAGGAAAAGAAAGUCAAUUUAGAUGAUAUUAAGAAGAUUGUCUUAAGCAAAGGAUCAUCUUGCCAUUGUAAACGUGCUGGAUAAUGCUAAUCAUAAUUAUGAAUAUGA